AUGCCCAACUGUCGACAUCGAGACGCGAUUGCAGGUUCCCGCGGCAGGUGGUCGACGGCAGCUCUGCAGUUGGGGCAACUGCCGUGGCGCCGUGCGCACUGCACCAGGCAGGAUAGAGGCGUGAAUGCGGCGCAACAUAGGAAGACCGCAUCCUCGGCUUGGGGCUGGGAGGAGGGAGCUUGCAGGCAAACCGGGCACGCAGCCACUGGUGGCAAAGCGAACUCCGGCGAGACUCGCCGCGGCGGGGUGAAGAAGGCGGGAGGGCAACUGUUCGGGCGAGCUGUGCUGCGCAGCGGUAGGGCGCGUUAG